AUGGAAGUGUUUCGAUCCCGGCAGCGGGCAAAUGUGCUACUGCUGCGCUCCAGACGGGCAAAUGCAUUUCUGCUGGAAAUCUACGGGAAUCUGUAGCGCGAGUGCUUUGAGGAAAGAUGCAAUAAAGAAGAGGCCAGAGAAUACUUUGAGAACGACCAGAAGACAAAUGAUUUCUGGACCAAAUACUAUGAUGGAGAUCAGUGCCAAUCAAACCCAUGUAAACAUGGCGGCACAUGCAGGGAUGGGAUCGGUGGUUACACAUGCACAUGUGCAGAGAUGUACAGCGGCACCAACUGUCAAACUGAUAAAUCCCAGUGUCCGUCAGCUGGGACUUUAGCAUGUGAGCACUUCUGCAAACCGAUGACUGAUUCAUACCGCUGCUUAUGUGCAAGGGGAUAUACACUUAACAGUGACGGCAGGAGCUGCUCACCUCACGUUCAGAAUCCAUGUGGGACGACAGAGAUGUCCAGCUUUUGUCCUGAUGAACACUGCUCAUGGGAGGUGAAGUUUGCGAACACCAGUGGUGAUGUCGUCUGUCACGGUGUGGUUCUAGGCCGCAAGUCUGUGCUGACAUCAGCGACAUGCAUGUCUACACUGAAGGACCUCCAUGUCACUCUCGUGGGACGUCAUUCAAACGUGGCGUUGCGUGUCUCCAGCUGGACACCACAUAAGCGGUAUGUGUCCGGUCCAGAGGAUGACCUGGCCUUCCUGGAACUGAUGGAGCCCUUCCCACAGAACAUGUCCAUCAUCUCGCUCUGUCUGCCAGAGAGAGACUACAGCGAGAACAUUCUGAUGAAAGUUGGACGAAAGGGUGUGGUCAUGGGCGGAGCCAGACACUCUUAUCUCUCAUUAGAUGAUUGUCAAAGCUCUCUCAACCUCACGUUCCUAAUGACCAAUAAGAUGUUCUGCAUGCAGAAGCAGGAGUCUGACAUCACUGUCAGGGCCAAACCGAUGUCGUGUGACUUGAAGUUUGGGAGUCCCGUCGCAACGGUGGAGGGUAAGACGGCAUUCCUGACAGGCAUUUCUCUGUCCACUGGAGACUGUAAUCAUGGACUAGUGUUCACCAAACUUUCCAGAUACUUGCACUGGCUGCGACCGCUGCUGCAUGCGUCCGAGAAAGAACAACAACAACAGCUAUGAUGAAACAACAACAAAAAAACAAAGAACACUAGCUGUAUGAAGAAACACAUGAGUGAUUACCAUACUGCAAAAUAAAACAUAUGAAUAUACAAUGAAUAUACAUUUGAAAAUAUUUACAGCAGCUUCAUGUUCAGAGUCACUGUAAGUCUGUUUGAUUCCUGAAGAGUGAAACACUGAUGCUUUUUCAACAUUGAUCUCUUUGAGUGACAUGUCAACUUAACUUAACUUAACUUAACUUAAUUAACUUGACUUAAUUAACGUAAACUGACUUAACCAAUCACCUGUGUUCGGAAUAGGGCUAUCUGACUCACUGACCAAUGGCGGAAACAUAAAUUUUUUUGCAGUUUAUAUUGUUAGUGCAGAGAUUAAUCAUGUCACCUUUAAAUUAUGUAUUUACACAUCAUUGUAGUAUUUUUUAAAGUGAUUUAGACAAUAUAUAUAUAUAACUGUAUUGUACUCAUGAGAAACACAGCUGACAAGCAUAAGAAAUUCAAAAGAAAACAUAUUGUCUCGA